AUGUUCAAAUAUACCCCUUGUGAACCAGAAGCGAAAAUGCUAGGUUGCUGUCGGAGUUUCAGACCAGUUGUCUUAUUUCUUUUCCUGUCACUGUGUGUAUUAUCAGUGGUUUCAGAAUGUAAAACUUUUGCCAACAUUUUUACGAUAAUAUAUUAUAUGAUAAUAGUGUUGGUGUUGAUGUUAUGUUGCAUUUGCCCACCGUGGCGCGUACUUUGUGAAUGUUUCCUGUGCUCUCGAUGUUGUGCCAUUGAUGAAAAUGGAAAUUUCAUAAACUUCCAAGAAGAUGAAGAGCACAGUGUAGAUGAAGUGAAAAUUAGAACUGAAGAUGAUACAGUUGUCUCUACUAUGACUAAAACAGGUAUAUUUUUAUCUUAUCCAUUAAUAUAG